AUGUUUGGGGUGGAUAGGGGGGUGCACCAAAAUCAGCCGCACCAGUCAGUUGGGUUCUGGCAUCAUCAAAUGAGCAAGGUCAGGGCCCAUGUAUUGCUGUCAUGGAUUAAGACAGUAUGUAUACUUGUAGUCUUCGUAUUGGCUAUUUUGUCACUGUACUGGGCAGUCUUGUACGGCGUUGAGGGCCGUCUGGGGAACCUGGUUGUCCAUGUCGUCGAUUUCGAUGGCCAAGUUGCCCCUUACACCAAUGUGCAGCCCGUAGUAGGUCCAUUGGUCACCCAACUGGCCAUGGAAAAGGUCGAAGAAGUCGGUCAACCUUGCCUUGGCUACACGAUCUUGCCACCGUCUCAGUUCCACAACGAUCCCAUUGCAGUCCGACGGGCAGUCUACGACUGGCACUCAUAUGCUGCUAUAAUUGUUAACCCCAAUGCCACAGCUUUGUUGGUAGAAGCUGUCUCGACCGGCAAUGCUUCCUACGAUCCAACGGGAGCAGUGCAGAUUAUUAUGCUCUCGGCCAGGGAUGAGACGACUUAUUAUACCUACAUCAUCCCACAACUUCAGGAGUUCACGAAAGCGUUUGUUACAGAGUUUGGCUCACAGUGGAUUCAGAGUCUCAUGUCCAACACAUCCACGUCAAAUAGUGUGCUGGCUCGAGUACCACAGGCUGUGAACCCCGGCAUCUUACCCUCGAUGGUUGACUUGAGGCCAUUCCAACCCGCUCAGGCGACGCCAGCCGUCACGAUCGGUCUUAUCUAUCUUAUCAUAGUGGCUUUCUUUUCCUUUGCUUUCUUCCUACCUAUCCACAACAACUACAUUAACCCCCAAGGUCACCCGCCCCUCCACUUCUACCAACUUAUUAUCUGGCGCUGGCUUGCCACCAUGACCGCCUACUUUAUCAUCUCUCUAGUAUACUCCCUCGUCUCCCUCGCCUUCCAAGUGCCCUUUUGGCCCAGUCCUGCCUCCCCAACUUCAGUCGCCUUGGGUGCCACGGCGUACGGCCGCGCCUCCUUCCCCGUCUACUGGAUGCUUAAUUUCGUCGGUAUGUGCGCCCUGGGCAUCGCCUGUGAAAAUGUCGCUAUGCUCGUCGGGCAGCCCUGGACGGCGCUCUGGCUCAUCUUCUGGGUUAUCACCAACGUGUCGACCUCAUUCUACGCCAUAGACCUCGCGCCGGGGUUCUUCAAGUGGGGUUAUGCAUGGCCGCUGCAUAACAUCGUGGAGGCGAGUCGGCAUAUUUUGUUUGAUUUGCAUUCGCGAAUUGGGCUGAACUUUGGGGUGUUGUGUGCUUGGACCGCGGUGAACACGGCGCUGUUUCCGCUGUGUUGUUAUUUCAUGAGGUGGGCGAACGAAAGGGAGAAGAGGAAGGAAGAAAGGGAUAAAGAUCGUUAUGUGGUGGAUACGUUUGAGGGAAAGAAGGAGGUUAGGAAGAGGGAAGGGGAGAAGCCACCAAUUAGGAAGAGGGGUUUCCUCAGGGGAUUCUAG